GGGCCGGCCUGCCACGUGGAUUCAUCCCGUUGGUGGGUUUUGAAUUCUGGGCCUAACGGUCAAGCAAUCCCAGCCCUUCAUUUCAAUCAAAUUUGCAAUCCUACGGCAACCAAAUUAACAUGUAUAUAUAUAUAUAUAUUUGUAACGUUAUGAACGGGCAUAAAACGGUAACAAACGGUAACAAAGUAAAUUUUAAAAAAUUCUAAACAUUUCUCUAUAAAUACCUACCAUUUAUUUUACAUCUCACACCCAAAAAAUUAUUGAUACAUAGUAACCCAAUUUUGUGCUUCCUCCUCUUCAUAUAGCUCUCAUCUUCCAAAUUUAUUUAUAUCCAAUAUGGCUGAAGAAAGGAGAAACACAGGUCCAGUGGCCGGACAAGAGGGAGAUCAAAAUGAAGAUGAUAGUAUCCAAGACAAAAGGAGAUGGACGGAUGAGGAAGAUGUUCAAUUGUGCAAGUCUUGGAAAAUUGUUGGGCAAGAUCCGGCUGUGGGCACAAAUCAGAAAAACAACGACUUAUGGAUGCGUGUGAGGCGACACUUUGUCGCAAAUUGGCCCCAGAGCCGAUCAGCUUCCUCUUUGCAAGGAAUGUGGAAAAUUUUGAAGGUUGAACUCUAUGAGUGGCAUUGUGCAUUAAGGCAAGCGAAAAAUUGGUACAAGAGCGGUUCGAAUGCGGUUGAUGAGCGAGAUGAAGCACAUAAAUUGUGGCAUGCCGGGAUGAAGAGAAAAAAGAAGCCAAAAAAACACAAUUUUCAGAGUUUUGGUAGUUACGCUGUUGUGGAGGGCUUUGCACAAUUUAAAGACAUUCCUAGUCAUACAUCUGGAGGAACAUCAAAUGAAGGAAAUCAACAUACGCCUACACAACCAAUUCCUGGAAAUUCUCCUAUCAACUUGGACAUGGAUGUAGAUGAGGUAAUUGCAGGUGAAACUGCAGAUCCUAAUGUGAGGCCUCAAGGAAGGAAGGCUGCGAAAGAAGCAAUCCGGAAAGCCAAGAAGGCAGCGAACAACCAAAGUCCUUACUCAAGCAGUCUCGAGAGUAUAGCGAACAACCAAAUAGAGGCAACCAAGGGCAAGAAAAAACUCGACGACGAAUUCGCUCGAAGUCUCCAAGAGGAAGAAAGAAGAGCAUGUAUCCUCUUGCAAAUCGAAAUGCGAAAAGAGCAACUCCUUUUUCAAGAAAGGCAAGAUCGAAUUAAAGAGAUGGAAGAGCGUAUUAAAGAGAGGGAAGAGCGUAUUAUGGAGAUUGAUACAAGUAAAAUGACGCCAAAUAAAAAGCGUUAUUGGUCAAGAAAACAAAAGAAGAUAACGGAGAAAGAAGAUCUUGACGAGCAGCCGCCACCUUCUAUGGGUGGAUACUAUCCGCAACCCAAUUUUGGUGGUGCAUUCCCACAACCAAAUUUUGGUGGUCCAUACCCACAGCCUCCUUACCCCGGUGCAUACCCACAACCACCUUACCCCGAUGCAUUCCCACAACCUCCCUUAACCGGUGGAUUCCCACCACCUCCCUUCACCGGUGGAUUCCCACAACCCCCUUACCCCGGUGGAUACUAUCCGCAACCACCUUACCCCGGGGGAUAUCCUACACAACCACAAUUUUCACCUUUCUCUACGGGUGAGUCCACCAACCCGUACCCUAACCCUAAUGAUGAGCCUUCAAACAUAAAUUACCUUUCUAGAGAGGAUGAGGAUUAUGAUUUGAAUAAUUAG